CCGGGGCGGCCGGGCGCGAAGGUUCGGUGCCGAGCCCUCCAUCACACGCGGCGGCGAAGGCCUUAGCCCUGGCAUCCCGGAGCCUGGCGCCCUCGCACCCCACCACUCCCGAGCUGCGGGGAGCCCCGGGCGCCCCGUGCCGCCCAGCCCGGAGCCCUGCAGUUUCCGGGCGCGCACCGGCGGCUCCCCUGUGGGGCGGCGAGCCGGGCCUGGCCGGGGCGGAGCUGCGGCGUCCGGGGGCUGACUCCCUGCCCCCCGGCGCCUGUCGCCAGGGCCCGGGCGCAACGAGGGCCCGCCCCCGCGCCCGCCCGACGACCCCGCCAGGCCUUAAAAGCCUGCCCCGCAGCGGCUGGAGGCGCGGAGACCUGCACGCCCCAGUCCGGACAGCCGGCCCGAGCAGUCCCAUGGCGGAGCAGGUGGCCCUGGUAAUUGGGGGCCUCACGGGGGGGCUGCUGUUGCUACUGCUGCUGAUAUGCGUGAGCUGCUGGCUCUGGAAGAAGCUUCGUUCCACGUUCACCUAUGAGGAGCUGCCGGGGAGCAGCGCUGCCUCCAGCAUACAGGGGGGCAAGCUCUGCCCACCACAAGCCAGGACCCAGACAAGCAGGCCACCAGCUGUGCCAUUCAUGGUGCCCCCUUCCCUCCAAGACCGAGACCGGGUACCCCUACACAGCGGAGAGUGGGCCCAGGCCCCACGGGAUGCCUGCCUCGGCCCGGAGCUCCUGCCCCACCCCUCCAGCAGCAGCUUUGGAAAUAUGGGCGUGGUGGGGACCAUCAACCCGGAGCUAUACAAGUUCCUGGAGGACAAGAGUGAGACGGACUUCCCCGACGGCUGCCUGGGGCGGCUGUGGUUCUCGGUGGAAUACCAGCGGGAAGCCGAGCGGCUGCUGGUGGGCCUGCUCAAGGCACGGAGGCUGCAAGCCCCCUCGGAGACCUGCAGCCCCCUGGUGAAGCUCCAUCUGCUGCCCGACGAGCGGCGCUUCCUCCAGUCCAAGACCAAGCGCAAAACCUCCAACCCGCAGUUCGAUGAGCGCUUCAUCUUCCAGGUGUCCAGCAAGAGCCUCACUCAAAGGGUACUCAGGUUCUCCGUGUACCACGUGGACAGGCAGAGGAAGCAUCAGCUCCUGGGCCAGGUGUUCUUUCCCCUGAGAAAUGAGACCCUGGCGGGUGACUGCCCUCACAUCAUCUGGAGAGACCUGGAGGCCGAGAGCGGGGAGGUAAAGCCUCCCUCCGAGUUUGGAGACCUGCAGUUCUGUCUCAGCUACAAUGACUGCCUGUGUCGCCUGACCGUGGUCGUGCUGCGAGCCAAGGGCCUCCGGCUGCAAGAGGACACAAGUUUCGUCACAACUGGGAGUCCUGGGGUCCUGGCGCCCGGGGUGGGCGUGUGCUACUCCCAGCCAGCCCUGCACAGGCCAGAGGCUGGGCCCUGCCUGGCCCUCCCAGCCCACGGUCCACACUGCCCCUUAGGUGUGUUUGUCAAAGUGUCUCUGAUGAACCACAACAAGUUUGUCAAGUGCAAGAAGACUUCGGCUGUGCUGGGCUCUGCCAACCCCGUGUACAGCGAGACUUUCAGCUUCAAGGCCGACCCCACAGAGCUGGACACGGCCAGCCUCAGCCUGACAGUGCUGCAGAGUGCCGGAGGGGAGACCAGCCACCAGCUGGGCCGCGUGGUGGUGGGCCCAUACAUGUACACCCGAGGCAGACAGCUGGAGCACUGGAACGAGAUGCUCGGCAAGCCCAAGGAGCUGGUGAAGCGCUGGCACGCGCUCUGUCCCACGCCUGAGCCCUGACUCGCCUCUGCCCUCCACUCGGGCUCCAGAGCCCGCCCUCCCCUCCGGCCAGCAUGUCACCGGGCCGCCAGGCCAGCCUGCGCCAGGGCCCCUUGCGUGCUGAUGCGCGGCGGAGAGGAGGGGGCGACAGAGCCCCAGCCAGGUCAGCAGCUUGGCUGGCUGCCACUCCCCAGCCGCAGAGACUCUCCGGACUCAGCCCAUCCUCCUCUACCUGUGGGGGUGCCUGGGCUGUGAAUCCCAGCCCCUGGUUGGCACAGUCCCUGUCUGGACUGGAAUGUCAGGCAUUCGGAACAAUUGUAUUCAGUGAUAGCACGGCAGCGUGUGCUGAACGAGACCCGGCUCCACGAUCCUGGGAAGCUGACGGCAGGUUGGUGCCGGACCUGCUCUGCAUCUCAGCUGUGGCUUCCUGCCUUCCGCCUGGCAGAGAAAACAAACUGCUCUGGGGGAAUCACGGGUGGCGGGGGUGCCCAAAGCACUGAUUUCCGCUGGUCGGUAGUAAACAGCACAGUCUGGAAGUCGGGUUGGGGUUGGGCACGUUGGUAUGGGACCGCCCCGGGACGCCCGGGCAGCGUAGCGUGCCCACAGCUCGGGAGACAAAGCUCUCGGGGAUCAGACUCACUGGCAUCAGGACCUGGGAAAGGACACUGGGAGCAGCUGCCCAGGUACCAAGUGGUGGACAGGUUCUUGGCAUCAGCUCCCUGUGCCAGGUGAGGAGCCCCUCACCUGUGUUGGGUCUCUCCUAGGGCUAUGUCACAACCUGCCCGUGGUGCGUCCUCCCCAGGGCCCAAGCCUCACGGCCCUGGUCUUACAGGUGUUCUACUGGUUUCUGUGGCCUCCCUGGUUGACAGUGUCCAUCUUGCAGGACUCACUUUGGGCAGGAAAUGGCAAGAGCGCAGCCCACAGGGACGAGAGCUUUUCCCAUAAACCUAGUGAUUUCGUUAGGAUGACUGUGUUGUGGCAGGUGUCUGUGUAAAGUUCACUAAGUUGGCAGUUCCCACAAAUCAUGGUCAGCACCUCCCUGUGACAUUGUACUCGGGGUAAUGAGCAGUCAUUGUGCUUGUCACCGUUACUUCCCAGGCAGCUUGUAUUUUCACCCAAAUGCUUUUGAACUUGCAGGGUCCAUGCAUUGUGAUUGUACACCUGCAACCAACUUCAAACCAGUGUCUUUUUCUUACGUAGUGAAGCAACUUCGGCAAAAGAAAGUAGUGAUCAUUAUACUUGGUCUGCGCCUCUGACUUCACUUCCGUUCUCUGUCGAUGCACAAAGACAAGCUUUACCUGGCAGUGGUCCGUACAGGCAGGACAUCUUGUGUUUGCUUUUUCUCACUUAUUUCACACACACAUUCCAACAAAGCCCACGCUCCAGUCAUUUUUCAUAGCAUCACAGCACACACAUUCUGUGUGUUUGUCUAGCAGGCUACUAAACUGGAACUAUUUCCAACCACCCCCACAUUUCAAGGUGACGUUCAUGCCUAUCAGUGGCCUUUCCAGGGCCACUUGGAAAAGUUGGUAAGUAUCCCCUUUGCAGGACAGAGUGAACUGGUGUGUCUGACUCACAGCUGAAAAAUCUCAAUGGCAGGAGACCGGCAGGCUCUCUGCUCCGAUGGAGAGGAAGAAGGUGUUGCUAUAUUGUGCUGGAAUGUCUACAGACAUGGUCAGGGCAAAAAAUACACAAGUACUUCCAAUGGGCCAGAGCGAGCUGGCCUAACUUAUCUCAAUCCUGUCCACCAGGUGAUCCCUGCAUUUCCACUUUGCAAGCCCUUUGCAUUUCCACAAAGCAUUUUAGAAUCAGCUUGUCCAUUUCCCCACCAAAAAAAUUCUAGAGUUUAACUGGAUUUUCAUUGAGUAUAUAGACCAGUUUGGGAGCCAUUUUAUUUCUCUACAAUAUUGACUCUUUAAUCCAUUAACAUGGUAUAGCCCUCCAUUUCCUUUGGUCAAUCUCUCCUUACCUCCAAUUUUUAAUGGUACUGAUAUCACUCAUUUCAAUUCCACAUAUAUUUUACACCUAGCAAGACAUUACUAUUACUAUGUUCAGCCACUAUUCAUUUAUAUUCACCCACAGAAUUGUUCUUUCUUUUGCUUUUCAUUCUUUCCUGCAUUUCUGGGAUUCUACCUGAGAUCAUGU